AAGUAGUCGUUUCCAGGCGCCAUUUCGUGUUUGCAGAGAGAGGAGAAGGAAGAGGGGAGGAAUCGCGGUUAACAAGCACGAACAGCUCGUUUUUCUCCUACACGUUUGUGGAGUAGCAAUUUUUGUUUAGAGAAUUGAUGCCAAGUGAAAUGGGAGAUCCAGCCAUGCAUAGAGACUCUUGUCCCUUGGACUGCAAGGUCUAUGUUGGUAACCUGGGUAACAAUGGUAAUAAAACAGAGCUGGAGCGCUCCUUUGGGUAUUACGGCCCUCUGCGCAGCGUGUGGGUGGCCAGAAACCCACCCGGCUUUGCUUUUGUGGAGUUUGAAGAUCCCCGUGAUGCUGCUGAUGCCGUUAGAGAGCUGGAUGGAAGGACCCUGUGCGGAUGCAGGGUAAGGGUAGAGCUCUCCAAUGGGGAGAAGCGUACCCGCAACAGGGGCCCGCCCCCGUCUUGGAGCAGACGUCCACGCGAUGACAAUCGGAGGAGGAGCCCGCCAGCGCGACGCAGAUCGCCUCGCAGGAGAAGCUUCAGCCGAAGCCGUAGCAGGUCUCUUUCCAGAGAUAGGAGGAGGGAGAGAUCCUUGUCCAGAGAAAGGAACCAUAAACCAUCACGCUCCUUUUCUAGAUCUCGCAGCCGUUCCAGGUCCAAUGAAAGGAAGUAGAGGAAGGAGUCAUGCGGACUUGUGUACAAAUAGUCACCCCUUAUUAAAUGUUUCACUUGUUAAUGACUUUACACUCUAUAGAUCUGUUUUUUUUUUUAAAAAUGUGUUUUAGCUGUUUGAUUUGUGUUGUGAAACACAGGAUAACCAAGGACUUAAGUGGAAAGUCUGUAUAUAAAUGCUUUGUGAAGAUUUGAGAGUUGCUGUAACAUAAUCGGGAAAUGCUGUUAAUGAUGAUAGGAAAAUUGACUUUCUGUGUUCAGACAACAUUCUUUUUAUAUCUUGCACAAAAUUAAAUGUUUUUCCAAAGCUACAGUGUUUGUAGAAGUUCUGUCCACAUUCUCCAUUCCAAGGGUUAUAUUUAAUAAAAUAAACCAAACCCUCAAAGCUGUGGAGUGCACAGCUGCGAGGACAGUAUGAAUGGAAAGCUACUUUUACUAUAGCAGGGUAAAAGCCACAGGGUGUUAAUAAACACUGUUGCUUUUCUGGUCUCUGGUAGAGCAGUUUUAGAAUUGAGAUCUGUACAGGGCCAUGUUGGUUUUAAAUUAUGCUUUGUAUCUGAAUCUGGAUGUGCAGCAGUUGGGAUUUGAAGAUGGGUGUGAAGUUAAUCCUGGAGCAGAGUUGUAUUGAAGAAUGAACAGGAAUAGAAACGGAUGCCCUGACCACCAGAAAUUAAUUGUUGUGUUUAAAACCGUAACCUGAACUUCAAGCACCUUUUUUACAUGCCUUUUGAAAGCCUGUUAGGGUGACAGAUUUUGCUUCUAGAGCAGAGUAAUGAAGAUGAAAAUCUGUUUUGUGACUAUUCAGCCUUUUUGUUUUGCAGUUUGUACUAUUUGUAAUGUUCUUUCAAUUAAACUGUUUACAGAAA